GAAUUGUUUAAAACCUUUUUGAUAACUGCCAUGGAACUGAAACCGUCAGAAAUCCGUUACAGUCAAGACUCUAUUGCACGAUAUUUUGGACGAAGCACGAGUCAUCCUUUCCAACCCAUUGGCCAAACACUGGACUCUAUUCUAUCGGGACAAUGUAACGUGAAUGCAAUCCCCAAGAUAUCAGUUGUCUCUAGACAUGGACGUUGGUACACUACGGACAACAGACGAUUAUGGGUGUUUCAAAAAGCAGAAGAACGCGGAUAUUGUGAUAAAAUCACUGUGUAUAACGCAUAUUACAUUGACGAGGAGAAAUUCACAACUACGAAUGAGGGGCGGUCGGUGACCGUUAGAGGAGACCCUGGAGGGUACCUGUGGAGGAGAUGUCCAGUCGUUAAGGGGGAAUCAAGAGCAUACGGUUACCAGGGUUCUAGGUCAAUGUCAACUUCCGGAUUGCAAACGUAUGCCAGCAGGUCAUCAAACACCCCCACUUAUCAAACCAGACCUACAAUGCCAGUUCAGAUCUCCAGACCUUCUUCUUACACAUCGAGCUACUCAGCGUAUUCAACGCCAGAAAGACCUCGACAAGAGAGAAGGGAGUUCUCUUCGAUGAUAAUUGAACAGGAGAAGAGAACGACAAACUCCAGUUUCUGGGACAGAUGUGUCAUUUUAUGAAUGUAUAUGUACCGG